AUGGCAUAUAUUGGCUUUCUUAAUGAACCCUUCAUCCGACUCAGCCGCUUCCUUCGACGGCAGCCAUUAUCAUCACCACGCAGCAUACCCACAUCCAGCUUCCCCAAUCUAGAUCCCACCACAAAAUAUGUAGAACGAAUGCCUGCAUUUAAACGAGGCGUAUGUUACCCCGUCAACAUAGGUGAUAUCUUCUAUUCCAGAUACAAGCAUCGGUAUAUUGCAUUGAAGAUCUAUACCAGCACCAGCACCAGCAACAAUUCAAGGACGAAUCAAGAAGUGCGCGUGCUGGAGCAUCUCGCUAAAAUGGAGACAGACCAUCCGGGCAGCAGUUGCGUCCGCAACAUGACGAGAAAAUUUGAACUGGUGGGACCGAGUGGUUUCCAUCAUCAGUGUCUUGUCUUUGAACCGCUCGUGGCGAGUCUUUUACAUUUCCAGGCGGCGCUGGAUCCGAAGAGCUUGACGGAGGAUUUGUUGAAGGGGGCGCUGGUGCAGUUGUUGAUGGCGCUGGAUUAUUUGCAUGUUGAGGCUGGGGUUGUACACACUGACAUACAAGCGAAGAAUAUCAUCAUCAGCGCAAAGGAUGAUUCAAUUUUCCACGAGUGGGAACAAGAGGAAGCGAAUGACCCCAGUCCACGGAAGAUUAGUGACGGGGCCAACAAAUACACCGUCUAUCAACCGCGUCUAUUCCAUCCAACGAAAGGAUGGAAUCGCAGUUUCGGGAUGUUACUGCUCUCGGAUUUCGGGGAAGCCCGCCUGGAAAAGGGAGUCCACGACGGACUGGUCCAGCCGGAUAUUUAUCGGGCGCCGGAGGUUAUCCUCGGAUUACGAUGGACGUCGAAGGUCGAUAUAUGGAAUGUUGGGGUGCUGGAUCACCAUUUGUUUGAUGGUCGGGGUCCCGACGGUAGCCAUUCGGAUGUGCAUCUGCUCGCGGAGAUGGUCGCGAUGCUGGGUCCUCCACCGGUUGGUUUUUUGCGCCGGUCUUCUCUUAGUUGGAGGUAUUGGGACGCUUCCGGGUCUGCGGGAGUCCCCGACAUGUCCCUGGAGGACUCGGAAGAGUACCUGGAGGGCGAGAACAAGGAGAUGUUCCUGCGCUUCGUGCGAAAGAUGUUGCGGUGGGAUCCGGAAGAGAGACAGAGCGCCCGUGAACUUCUGACGGAUCUUUGGUUGACGAGCUUGUAG